CAAUACCGCAUUACAUGAAUUCUGACAGUAUCGAUCAGGAAAGAUGUUCGGUUUCUAUUAAAUCCUAUGAGUCUCUUUCCAAUGAAAUGAUUCAAGUGGAAAAAAAGUUGGUACGAAAGCUUGAUUAUAUUUAUGUGAUGCCUUGUCUCGGCCUGUUAAUUGUCGUACAGUUUUUUGAUAAAGGAGCGCUGAACUAUUCGUCUGUAUUAGGCAUCAGGGAGGAUAAUUAUAUAAACGAUUUCGAAUUCGGAUGGCUAGGCUCCAUAUUCUUUAUUGGUUAUCUCGUGUGUCAAAUACCAAAUGCAUAUUUUAUUCAAAAGUUACAUUUGGGAAAAUAUCUUGGUGCUAUAACUAUGCUUUGGGGUAUCGUACUCGGAGUCACAAGUGCCUCAAAAAACUUUACUCAUUUGGCCGUAUUUAGAUUCCUUCUCGGAGUCUUUGAGGCAGGGGUCCUUUCGUGUGCUUAUAUGAUUGUCAGUCGAGUGUAUCGCCGGAAAGAACAAGCUAAUCGCAUUGGCGUUAUUUACCUUAGCGGUGGUGGUGCUAUAGCAAUUGGAGGACUCCUAUGUUAUGGUAUUGGCCACAUGGAGGGUGUAGCUCAAUUGAGAGCUUGGCAAUGGGUGAUGAUCCUUCUAGGAAGUGGCACAGUAGCUUUCGGCAUUGUUUGUUAUUUUCUAUUGAUCGAUGAUGCAAAAGUAAUCGCAACCUCAGAUGAUGAACGUAAACUUAUUGAACUUCGCAUCAAAGACAAUGCUGUAGUUGCUACCCGUAAAAUCAAUCCUCAACAAAUUUUAGAAGCUUUGAAAGAAUGUCGAUAUUAUUGUUUCUCUGCCUUUUCAUUCUUCGUAUCACUUCAAAAUGGUGCAUUGUCUGUUUUUGGGUCAAUUAUUACGCGCGGGUUUGGUUUCUCGAAUUUAAACACGAUCUUGCUCGGUGUCCCAUCUGGAGCGAUGUAUUGUAUUUUUAUUUUUAUUGCCAUUACAUGUCAUAACAAAUUCAAGAAUAGCAUGAUGUACACUGGCUGUGGCAUGCUUUCUAUUUCUGUGGUUGGUUUAAUAUUGGUAUUGGUCAUUCCAAUCAACCAAGCUAAACUUAUUGGACUUUAUAUAUGCGUUGCGUAUAUUGGUGCUCUCGUCUUGGUCAUGACAUCCAUCUCAAACAAUGUUUCAGGAUAUACUAAGAAAAUCUUUUACAACUGUUCUAUGGUAUUUUUUUCUGCCAUUGGUAAUUUUGUCGGUCCCCAAUUGAUGAUACCAAGCCAGAGUCCCCUUUACAUUGGUGGGCUUAUAACUUAUAUAGGAGCAAAUCUUGUAUGUAUCCUAUCUUUACUUAUUGCACGUCGUACCAUGUCAGAAGCAAACAUAUUACGUCAGCCCAAACAGAAAUUGGAAAACCAUAACGAAGAAAGCAUUGAUAUUACCGAUAAGCAGGACGAUCAAUUUAUUUAUAAACUUUAA